CACAUUGACAGAUAUCGUUCCAUACGCAACGUGUCAACAGCAGUUGUCAGAGAAAAUUUUGUUUUCAUUGCUAUCGGGAAAUCGUUCGCGUAUGGUAUUUUUCGAAUACUCUGUCGAUUUUCUGAAAAUAAAUUCUACAGAUUCUAACAAAUCGAAUAGAGGGCCUCAAGAAACUAGUGAAUAAUAAUUACUCUCAAACUCCCCCAUUUGGAACUGAAACAAUGGCCUCUAAAGUAACAUUCAAGAUCACACUUACCUCGGAUCCGAAGCUACCGUUCAAAGUGCUCAGCGUCCCAGAAGGUACCCCUUUUACGGCUGUGCUGAAGUUCGCCGCCGAAGAGUUCAAGGUACCCCCAGCAACUAGUGCCAUCAUCACCGAUGACGGUAUCGGCAUCAAUCCCCAGCAAACGGCCGGCAACGUGUUUUUGAAGCAUGGUUCCGAGCUGAGGUUAAUUCCCCGGGAUCGUGUUGGUAGUUGCUAGCUUAUGUUUAUUUUUGGUUCCAUUUCUUAUGCGUUAUGAUAUAAUAUGUUAGGGCAAAAUUUGGUUGCAAUAAUCGCAUUUGUUCAUUUUUCGAAGCUUGUACGAUGUAUGAUUCACAUGAAUUUUACUAGAUUCUAGCUUAAUCGAUUGUAUAUUUACAGCAACAGCAGGAAAAAAAUAUAAGACUAUGCAAGACAGUAGCCAAUUGUA